AACUGAUUUACAUUUGAAAACCCGAACAGUUUAAAGAACAAAAAUAAACUGCCAUACUAUGAUACCAAAACAUUAUUACCCAUAAAACAUGACUUAAGUUUUUUAAAAUGGGAUUGAUCGGUCAAGAAUGCACAUCUGCUGACUGCAUAAAUCUGCGAAAUGAAGAACAUCUCAACAAGAAGACGAGUUCAUAAAGAAUUAUUAUAUAUCACAUGCAGAUGAUCCGUCUGCAAUGCAGAACUUGUUUGCAAAUGAAGCGGAUGUUUAUGGAAUACAUUCAUGCAGAUGAACAGACUCCGAACCGAUGCGCUCAACAUUUCCAUAUAUAGGCUUUUGACCGGAGCGCCUUUUAUCACAACCGCUGAUCCCAGAACAGCAGCCAUGACCUCCCCCGAGCAGAUAAUAGAGAUCGUGAUGGAUGACAAGACGUACAAUGUGAGUAAAAGCAAACUAAUCGAAAAGAGCGAUUACUUCCGCGCGCUCUACAGCUCCGGGAUGCGCGAGUCCGCGGAGGAUUCGGUGCGGCUUCGGGGACUGAGCGCGCCCGGGCUCGAGCUGGUGCUGGAGUUCAUCAACACCUCCAAAGUUCAGGUGGACAACGAGACUCUGGAAGACCUGAUCGAAACCGCAUCCUUCCUGCAAGUCACAUCCAUCCUAAAGCUACUUCUGUCCGAAAUCAAGCAGGAGAACUGCGUGGAGCUCUUCAAGCUCUCUGAAAUCUAUGGGAUGCAUGACCUGAGAAAGGCUUGCCUGAAAUUCAUGAGCUGUUAUUAUCAUCCUAUGCUGCGCAGGCCGGAGUUCAGGAUGUUGGCAGCUAAUGUGCGUGAACAGAUCCGAGAUAUCCGCAUGAAAGGCACGGCCACUUUAGUAGCAAUAGGGGACUUUACUGACACCUGUCUGGAUUUGGCGAAUCAGGAUGAGCCUUGGUCCAUGUUGAGGUAUGGUGAGGUAGAACAACGCUGGAAACCUCUAGCCAACAACCUUCCUCAGGAUAUGAUCAAUGUCAGGGGUUAUGGAUCUGCGGUGCUGGACAACUACUUGUUUAUUGUUGGUGGAUACAGAAUGACAAGUCAAGAAAUCUCAGCCGCUCAUUGUUACAACCCCUCCAAGAAUGAGUGGAACCAUGUGGCAUCUCUGAACCAGAAGAGAUCAAACUUCAAGCUGCUGGCGGUGAGUGGGAAGCUGUAUGCGGUUGGAGGUCAUUGUCUGGGUACAGUGGAGUGUUAUAGUCCCGAGCAGGACUGGUGGACGUGUGUGGCGUCUCUGCCUGAUCCUCUCGCUGAGUUCUCUGCCUGUGAGUGUCAGGGCAUGAUCUACGUCAUGGGCGGUUAUACCUCUAGAGACAGAAACACCAACGUCCUGCGCUACUGUCCUGCCUCGGACACAUGGUCUGUUUUCCGUUCCUGUUCGGCUCAUGUGCGCAAGCAGCAGAUGCUCUCUGUGGAGGACACCAUCUACCUGGUGGGAGGCUACACGCAUGAGCUGGAACCUGGAGAAAGUGGACGGCGAAGGCUCAGCCAGACAGAGGACAUGCUGACGGUACAGUCCUACAACGUGCAGACUGGAGAAUGGUUGCAACUUAAGGAAAACACAUCGAAAUCAGGCUUGAACCUCACCUGCACACUGCACAACGAUGGCAUCUACAUCAUGAGCAGAGACGUGAGCCUGCCAACCAGCCUGGAGCACCGCGUCUUCCUCAAAUACAACAUCUUCUCAGAUGCCUGGGAGGCUUUCAGACGCUUCCCUGCUCUGGGACAGAACAUGCUGCUUUGCUCUCUCUACCUGCCCAACGUGCUAUGAGUCAAUGGAUCCGGACUGGAGAUAUUGAUUAUAGCACAGAUUUUGUUGUAGCAAACCCAGACAUGCCAGAAUUGGUGGAGAUCGCCAAAUUGGUUUACUAGAUCAGAAACAAAACCUGGAGGAGAUAUUAAAGGGAUGGUUUAGCCAAAAAUGAACAUUUGGUCAUCCUUUACCAUUUAAAAGAGUUUGGAAGGUUCAUUAAAUAGUUAGUUCACCUAAAAAUGAAAGUUUGCUGUUAAUUACCUCUCCCUCAUGGCUAUCCGAGGUGACAUUUUGUCUUCAGUUGAACAUUAAAGAAGCCAAUGGCUUCCAGAACUUAAGAGUUUAAAAAAGUAUGAAAAUAUACAGGCUAAACUAAAACAAUACUCAUGGCUUCUGUUGAUAAAAUGUGGCCUUAAGUGAAAUAGUCAUUCUGCCCAAGAAAUUGAACAUUCAAACAAACUCACACAUAAGAUUUAUUAAAGAAUAAAAACAGGAAGCUCAGACUGUUAUUUAGUUUCUUGCAGACCAAUCUAUUUGUUUUAUACGCAUACAUUUUUUACAAAGUGGUGGUACCGAAUAAACUGCCUUUUAUUUAAGCUAAAAACCUACUGAAAAAACUCAUAAUACACCUUGGAUGGAUGGAGGGUGAUUAAAUAACAAGCCAAUUUAAGUUGUGUGAGCUAUACCUGUAACGUUGUAAAGUUGUGUUUCAUAGGGAGAAAAGUAUUGUUUAAAAAUUACACCUGGAACCUGAUGACUUUCAUUUUAUGAACAAAAAAGCUGAAGCAUACCAGUUUUGAAUGACACGAAACAAAAUACGAGAAAAAAGUUUUGAAGAAUGUUGGAAACCAGUAGCCUUUGACAUUGAUAACAAAAAACAAAGUACUUCCGGUUACCAAAAUUCUUUAAAAUGUUAUUUUUUUUAUUCAAUAGAAUAAAAGCAAGUCAGAAAGCUUUGGAACAAACAGAGAGUGAGUAAAUAUACAUUUUUGGGUGAAAUCUCUUACUAAUUUCUCCAUCAGAAGUUUCCUUGAAUUGGCAUUGUAUUCAAAAACAUUAUCUGGGCAAAUAUAGAAAGAACACUACAAGAAUAUUUUCAACUCACAUGGAAUGUACUAAUUCCAAUGCAUGAACAAGAUCUUAAUGAUAUACCACAUGCCAUAUUACUACAACUAUGCACAAAUGCACAAGUGAGGGCUUCCGAUUAAUAAAGCCUGCAGGUAAUACUGAAACACUAAACAUGCCUAAGCUGAUUAAACAUCAUCAAUGAUGGGGACAUUAAAGUGAUGGAUCACCCAGAUGUAAACAGAUUGACCAACCCAAUCUCAUUUCUCCAUUGAAAUUAAGUUAAUGUCAUCCAAUAUUGUUUGGGACCACCUUAACUUUCAUUAUACAGAAAAAACCUAUAGAUAUUUUAUUUUCUAUUUUGUUUCUUAUUAGAAAUAAUACAUGAAGGUUAUUACAUUUUUUGAGGGUGAACUGUGCCUUUAAGAUUCAAUGUGCCAGACUAAAUGUUGACUGACUACCUGUGCUUGGUUUUUGAAUGUACACAGUUAAUAUAGUCUUAACUGAAUUACGCAUUUCAAAUAGUAAGAAGUGUCUUAAAACGUGCUGCAGAAUUGAAGCACAAAUACAUUAGCGCCUGACCUAAACAUCUGUGAUGUAUAAGAGGACCUGCUGAAAUGUUUUCUUGAAAGAGAAGGAGUUACAUUUACUUUAGGUUUAGAUUUUUUUUUUCAAACGUUGAGCCAAAAUGGAUGAUGGUUUUGUUGAGCAUUCCCAAGUUGCCUUGAAAAUGUUAAGGUGUAAGUUAUAUCAAAAUGUUCAGGGACACAAAUAAAGGCUUUAAAUUACUUA